AUGCCAGACCAAUUUGUGACAACCCACCCGGAAGAGGUUUCAGAUAAACGAGUGUCCAGAAACCAUGGCCUGCUGGAGGUUAUCGAUGGGAAGUUGCGCAUCAAACCGACUCACACUAAUCCAUGCUUCCAUCAGUCAUCAAAUACCGCCCAUCUCCUACCCCUGGAGAAAGAUAAGUGGCAUUGUCUGAACCCAGGAGAUUGUUUUGCACUGUUGCCAGACAAGUACAUCUAUAAAGUCAUCUCAACCAACUUUGAACAAACUUUAAGAAACAGUCAGCUGUCGAGCUUCGAAGACCUCAUUGAUGUUCAAUCUGACUCUCCCAAAAAUUUGCAAACGGCUAAAGAAGAAGGAAACGAAGACCAAAACACAUUUCAGGAUUCCACAGAGAGCCCAACAAGGACAUCUUCCAGGACUUUGACUAAGGAAGAUCCCUCCAGCUCCAGAGAGAGAAACAGAACUGAAUCGCAUAGUAAUUCUCAUAACCUGGUAAAGACCUUGCAGUCGAAGAGGGAAAUGCUGAAGAAUGACUGUGAACCACUGGACCUUGCACAGAGAAAGAGAGUCUUACCAGCAUGGAUGCUGCAAGUUUCAACAGAUGUCCAAAGCUCUUCAUCUGCAGCCAGUAAAAGCGGUGGGAGGAGUGGAAGAGGUGAUGCAAAUCAGAUUAAGCCUCAUGGAAACCAAACAGGAAGAAAGAGACAAGAGUCCUUCGAGAGUGACGAAGAAACUGGAGCAACAGAUCCUCCACCGGAGAAGAAGGGUAGACUCAAGACCACGGAACAAAAUGAGGGUGAAAUUCCCACAGAAAUGAAGAACAGCGCCACUGAGGCAAAUUACGCCAGCGGGAAAAAUAAAGAGGAAAUAAAUGAUGAACCCGAAACGCCAGCCAAGACUACAGAGAAAAAUACCUGGAGGCUCUGCAAAGAUGAAGGCCAGACCCAACAAGGACCCGACUCAACACAAUCUCUGGAUAUGAAUGAAUGGGAAAUUAGUGAUAUUGAGGAGGAGGAGCCGGGACUGACAUCCAGGCAGAGUGAGCAGGAGAGUCCACAACAAUCAGCAACAUCACGCGGACAAAGACUGGGCAAGGUAGAUCGAGGCAAAAGUCCAGAACAUGUGGAGCACAGGACAGUGAAGGGUGCAACAGCCCCUCAAUCAAUCGAGCAAAAGCAAUCCAAGAAAACCCCUUGCAUGUAUGGAAAUAACUGUUACAGAAAGAAUCCGGUUCAUUUCCAAAAUUUCAGUCAUCCUGGGGAUGCUGAUUACGAGGACUCAGUGGAUGGUGAUGACGACAGACCGGAGUGUCCUUUUGGGACUGCAUGUUACAGGAAAAAUCCAGAGCACAAGAAGGAUUACAAACACACCAAGCCUCCAGAAAGUGAACAAAGAAGACCAAAGAGGAAAGGUAAAAGUGUUCUGACUGGUGAAAAUGAUGAUGACGGCAACUCCAAUGAAUACAGUCUGAAUGAUAGUUUUAUAGAUGAUGAAGAUGAUGAAGAUGAUUUGGAGCCUACUGAUGAAGAUUCAGAAUGGGAACCAAGUUCGGGCAGUGAGGAUAUUGAUACCUUAGUAAAAGAAGCUAAUACAUUUAUCAAGAAGAAAAAAUGAGACUUCCAUUUCUCUAUAUUUUGAGCACUGCAAAUUGAUUUUUCCUUCUGUUUGCACUGAAGAUAGCAUUUCUCCUUUCGGCUUGAGUUUCCUCUACAUUCGGGUAGUAUUUGGAACUCUAUAUUUUUUAAUCUUGACAUGUCUGCUCCUCAGUCAACAUCUCUCUGCUUCACAAGAGUGAGUCAUGGUAGAAAUCAGUUUUGAGCAUUCUCCGAGUCGAUGAAGACUUCUGUUGGAAGAGUAUUUCUGUUUGGAUAUUUAGAUAGGAAGUUCCACCUUGUUCAAUAACGUUAGAGAAAAGGGAAGCUUUGCUUCAGAAUCCUACAGGGUUCACAACCCCAGUGACAGAAUUGCAUUGCAUUUCUGCUAUGAGAGAAAGGUGAAACAGCUGCACAGCAAUAAAGUUCCAGACGUGUGGUAUAAAAACGGGACACUUUGGAUGCUACACUAGCUAAAAUGAGUCUUGCAGAAAGAUGAUUGAGGGACUCGAGUUCCAGGCGUGAAGCAUUUUGACCACUAACAUUUUACUCUGAGCUCUCCCAGUAGCCAGUGGUAAAAGCACUAAGCCAUAGAAUUGCAAUCCAUGCUGAGUUCGUUAGCUGGAAGUACAAUAAUUGACUUCAGGAUACCUUAGUCUCAGGAGGGGAAAAUUCAGCAAGCGUUCUUCUUACUUGUGAUUCUUAUCCAGUGACUCCUGAUGUAAAAUGUGUAGAUGUCAGCUGUCAAUGGGGUUGAUCUUGGCCCGUGAUGCCUUGACUGUUAGCACUGCUAGUAUGUACACAUUUGUAAGGAGGACAUCUAAGAACACUACCCCACAUAAUACAGUGCCUUCAAGUGAGUGCAUUUUAAGAGAUCCUUUAAACUUUAGGGGUGAAAUUCUACUUGUUAGUAAAGUUUACCUGAGUACAGUGAGAGGGCGUACAGCAUGUCAUCUCCUCCAUGUCCUCCUGCAACAUUACUGACCAAUAUAGUGUCAUCUCUCCUUCCCCUUAUAUCGAGUGAUUUUUAACAAGCGUAGACUUGCAUGUGUCUAUAACAAAAGAGCAAAUUCUCUGUUUCUGCACAGCCUACUAGAAAUGAUACGAUGAUUAGUGUCAGUGAUUUAAGAGACAAACACCAGCCCCGCUGUUUAAAUGCGAACACUGUGUGGAAGCACGACUACUCUGUUGAACAUCUUCCCUCACCCUUUCUCCCCUCACCCUAUUCAGCCCCCCUCACCCGUUCUCCCCGCUCCCGUUUGUACUUUAUCAAACAUUAACAAGGCAAUAUACUUUUUUUUAGAAACUCUUACACCUUUGUUUGUGUGUGUGGUUAAAUGUUCAAUCAUCUUUAAUGUUAAACUUAUUAUGCUAAUGAGAAAGCAUUUUUCAAACUUCAGUUUAAACUAACUAACUAACUAGCCAUUGUGGUGUUGGAACAAAGGCAGGGAAUUUGAAACUGGUCCACACUACUUUAUGUUAUGUCAUUAUUUCGGAAUCUUAAUCCUGAUCGAUUUACAUUGCAGUGAGUGGAAAUUGGUUUUGUAAAUGGAAAAAUGUCCUCAACUUUUACACUAUACAGAGGUUAGCGCACACACUGGUGAAAUUCAAGAAUGUUAUUUUUCAAUAAAACCUUACUUGAUGAAA